CAUUUAUAUAACGUUCUGGAAAAAGUAAAACUAUAGGGAUAAAAGUCAUACUAGUCUUUUCUAGGAUUUGUUUCUUUUCUUUUUUUUUGUGGGGAAGUUGGCCCUGAGCUAACAUCUGGUGCCAAUCUUUCUCUUUUUUCUUGAGGUAGAUUGGCCCUGAGCUAAUAUCUUGGAAAGAAAGACCAUCUGAUUCUCUGGCUGUGCAGUGCAGAUGUUCCUCGGCUUGGCCAUGGGGACAACAGAGUGUGUGCUCCUGGGCAUGAUGGCCGUUGACCGAUAUGUGGCUAUCUGCAACCCUCUGAGAUACCCUGUCAUCAUGAGCAAGGAUUCCUAUGUGCCUAUGGCAGCUGGGUUCUGGAUCAUAGGAGUUGUCAACUCUGCAGUACAAACUGCAUUUGUGGUACAGUUUACCUUCUGCAGGAAUAAAGCCAUCAAUCAUUUCUCCUGUGAAAUUCUGGCUGUCGUGAAAUUGGCCUGUGCUGACAUCUCAGGUUCAGCUACUACUGAGUCAUAAAGAUUGGCUGCAAGGAGAAAAGCAAGAGGAGAAUAUCUGUUGUUGCUGCAACCUAGAAAGAGAGGCAACCUCUGGUUUGGAGGUAAGUUAUUGCAAACACAAGAAACAAAUUCUUAUCAAUUAUAAGUAAGAGUUGGACUGAUAGGUUAAAGGUGUCAAGUUUGAAAAUGGAAUGUUCUUCUCACUGAGGAGAGACUGAUUACUGGAAAUGGAAUUUAAGGGUCUAUUCACUGAGAUAUAAUAGGAACAAAAAGAGCUACGAGACCAAAA